AUAUAAAUACUUGAAUUUUUUACUUCGAUCGGUGUGUAUCAUCACACGAAUGCCCUCUCAUGAGAAAUCUGAAUCGAUUAUUUCAGACAAUUAUAUUACACUGUUAGAAUGGACGUAUACAGCAGUGUUCUAUGUUUUUUCGUGUUUCACUUUGUAUGACUUGAUCUACGCUAAAAGUUUACUGAAGCCGUUCGUAGAUAACUUCACUAUGGACAGCAUUAACUAUGUGUUGAUUACGUCGUUGUCUAUUGGUAUCGUUGUGUUGAAUCCCUUGUUGGCCAGCAGAGCACACGAGAAUCGAGUAAAAUACUAUCAACUUUGGAGAGAAUACCAGAUUAAAUACGAGCAGUACACAUUUUCGAAAUUGAAUCUCGGCUCUUCUAUUUUUAUAUUUUCGGUAAUUAUCUGUGGUAUAAUCGCAACGACACUGGAGUUGGCUGCAAACUGUUUGUUGACGUCGCAAUUUACGUCCGCUUACGUGUAUGUCUAUUGGCUCAUUUAUUUUUACACAAACUUUACGACCGUCCUGUGGGUCACGGAUUGCCACCUAUUGGCCAAUGCAUCAGAGAAUUUGAUCAACCGAUUACUAAUGAUGGCUAUGAAAACUUCUUCGGACAAAAUCGACGAUACUUUAGAACCACGUGUAUUCGGUCGUUACGUUGAACUGUGGAGAAAACUUUCAAAUAUGACCGGGAGACUGAUUGAGACCGGACGUGGUCUGUACGAUCUAAAUUUUUUCAUACAGUCUGUAAUCGUCAUACAAGCGUUUUACGGAAUCGCUGGCUUGUAUAUAGGACAGCACCAAUCGAUCCAUUACAAUAUAUAUUAUCCGACCGCAAUAUGGUCCAUUUUGAAUUUGAUCGUUCUCUGCGAGGCGGCGUAUUCAGUCACUUCUCAGGUAGGAUUUAAAACCAUGGUAGCGAUACAGUCGAUGGCUUGCAGUAAGUUCAGUUUAGAAACUCAAGAGCAGAUUUUCAUGGCUUUGAAAACAAUCCAGUCCGACUCACCCGAAAUAACUGUAGGUGGUUAUUUUACUUUGGACCGUGUUUACUUAAUAACCUAUCUCGGAGUGGCCAUAUCGUACAUAAUUGUUCUAGUACAAUUUAAAAUUGGAACAUUGUAA